GAGGUUAUCUCUCGGGCAGCACCUGUAAAGCGGCUCUAUGGAAUCUCAAGUGCUGCCAGCUAAGUCGGGUUAGUCCAAGUGCGACAGCCUAUGGAGAAGCUAUCUCACGAUGGAGCCAAGCAGCAGUGUGGCGGAGCUGGCGAGGAACAGUGAGGACGUCGAGGCGGAGGCCUCCAAGGUGGCCGACCAUCAGGAGUACGCCGAGGCCCUGUCUAUGUCGGGGCGAAGUUGCGAUAGGAGGCGCUGGAAUCGACGGUCCUGCUGCACUCGACAGGUCCUGAGUGGCGGCGCCAUUUUCAUCGCCCUGCUGCUCGUCAUCGGCGCCAUUUACAUGCACUUAAGACAGAAGCAUCAUCUGGGCCGACUGCACAUCAAUCUCAAGGAUCGGGGGCGGCUGGACGUCCUGGAGGAGGAUUUCCCCGUGGUCACCGCCGCGGCUGUGGCUGCCCAGACGAUAACAACAUUCCGGCCAUCUACCACGGAGUUGAGCAGCCAGUGCCUCUCCUGCAUCGCCGCCACAGCCACGAACGAUAUUCCAGCAGUCUGCAGCAACCGGGGGCAGGGAGAAGUGCCGUGCGGCAAAUUCCGUAUCUCCCACGGGUACUGGCAGGACACACUGGGGAUAAUUGAGCCGGACGACACACUCGCUCAGGACUACGAACGAUGCGUGGUGAACGACGAGUGUGCCAGGACCAUUGUGCAGAGCUAUGUGCAGCGAUAUGGCGACGACUGCGAUGGAGACGGGCGGAUCGAGUGUCGGGAUCAUGUUAUGCUCCACAUGCGGGGACCUGGCGGCUGUGCCCGGCAGGAGUCUCUGGGGGCCCUGGCCUUGAGGCGCAUGGAAAACUGUCUGCAAUAUAUGGGGAUUACGUAGAACCGACCGACUGCUCGUUUAUUGUCUCAGCUGCAGGCGCUGCAUUAUGGGUCGCCAGUAGAGGGUCAGCACAAAGAGGCCUACGAACUCGUGGAACAGCAGCAGGGCGGCGAACUUGUCAUCGAACAGGCUGGUCGAGGCCCUCCUUCCGCCCAUUAUGCACUGCACAUGAUACAUGAGGAACUGCGAGUGAUUUGGGUUAUGCUGCGGACAGCUAGGGGAUAUGAAAUGGCAAAGGAUUCCUUACUACUAUCACCACGCAAGCAAUAAAGGUCGCGAACAGAUAGAAUCCCCAAGUCA